AUGAAAUCAAAAUUCGGCCUGUGGCAUUUGUUCCUGAACGCUGAGAGAAACGGCAAACUUCGUGUGUGUAAAGAGGAUUCUGUCACCCCUAUUUUACUACCCUACAUUCAUGAUGAAUGGCAAGGAACGCGAUCGAUUGAAGCCGACCAUCGAUCCUGCCAAACUGGAGCGGAAACAUGCUAUCAAAAAGAAGCGAAUGGUAUUGCUUUUUUCUUUGAUAUGGUUAAAUGGUGCAGUAGUAGCCUUAUUUGUUAUCCUCCAAUCAUGUCUAUGCCAUGGUAUUAUCUGGAAAAGCCAACGCGUAUGAUGUUGCUGAGGUGUUACUACGCUGUAUGUGCUUUCACAUAUCCAGUGUUCGUAGGAUUGAACUGGAAGAGUUACGCUCCAACACGAGCUGAGGUACUGGCUGGAAGGUCAUUGAAGGACGAAAUUCUCCGCCCAACGAAGAAAUAG